AUGCCUCCUAACCUCGCCGAAAGACUUGCCGCCGGAUCCGGCGUUUUGCUCUCUGCAGGAGACUUGCUCCCCCCCCCCCCCCCGCUAGCACCUCCGACCCCCUUCCGCGCCGGCGUGGCCGCCGCCGCAUCAGAUGGGAUCGGUGUAGAUCUGUUCGCCGUGGCUGCAUCCUUCCCUCCCGCUUCUCCCGCCAUGAGCGCCCCUCCAAAGCGUGGAGAGACAGGAUCUCAGCACGCGUGUGUGAUUCAACAAAUAAAGGAAAACGCCGUUUACUAUUCGCGCGCUGGGAAAACGCCGUUUACUAUUCGCGCGCUGGGUCUGCCCGGUGGAAAGGCAUGCAACGAGCCAAGUGAAGUGACCGGCCGCCUCGCUUCGCCACUGGCCGGGUGCCCGGGUGGGUGGGCGGGCGCGCGAGGCGCAGAUAUUUGCGCGCGCGCCGCGACGUUACGCGCCGUGGUUGGCCGACGACGCCGCGACGCGGGUGCGUGGGGUUCCUUGUCUUGUCUCCCCGGUCUCCGGUGCCUCGCCCUCCUCCUCCUCCUCGCCGUGGCCGGCAGCGGGGCUCCGUCAAGCGACCCCGGCAUCCGCCGGACGCGACGCCCCGUCCUCUCAGACUUCACUCAGGGCGCGUCCUCGCUCGCACUAGCGCCGAUGCCAGGCGUGUGCCCUCGGGUGGUGACCACCGGACGGGACGCGCCGGACGUGACCUGCGCGCCACACAUGCAUGGACAAAUUCCCUCCGAUCGUGCGUGCGCCAGUGCCGCGGGCACGAACUUUCCCCGCCCCACGACCUGGAAUCGGAUGACGGGCGCACCGGCACCGGUGCUCGCGAGCACGAUGCGGUGCCGUACGGCGUCUCUGGCUGCGCUUGUCCUAUCUGAAUUAAGAUAACCUUUUCUGAUCAUCAAAGGGAAGGACGAAAGCAGACGUAUAUAGGAGACCGGCCGUAUGAUGCAGCGUUUUCAACCCAGCCUUAAUAACAGUGGCAGGCAAAGGCAGCUAACGGAACCGCAAAUGUGGCAACACGAGUGCAUACCGCGACCCGAUCGGCAUCUCGCCCGGCAUAUCGUCGUCUGCCUGAUGGGGAGCCCUCUUUUCCUUCCCUUCACUCAUGGCCUCUGCAACUUUGCCUUGAAGUAGACCGUGCCGUUUGUCGGCCUCCUCCAAGAACGAUAUACUCCUAUAUGUUUAUAUUUGUGAGAAUAAAAAAAUAUGUUUAUAUUUGUAUAUAA